GUCCUGCACAGCCACGAUUAUCGCAAGCCGACAGGGUUCGAAAACAAGAGAGUUUUGGUGAUCGGAAUUGGCAACUCGGGUGGUGACGUCGCCACUGAACUGAGUCGGUGUGCUUCUCAAGUGUACCUGAGCACCAGACAGGGGACAUGGAUACUGCACCGUGUGUCGGACAGUGGGCUCCCACUAGACAUGUUGAUGUCCAGACGCGUGACUCUGUGGAUGAAGGAAGCUUUUCACUCCUCUCUGGUCAAUGGGGUCAUCAGAUGGAAACUGAACUCACGGCUUGACCACGAUCUGUACUGCAUCCGCCCUUCCUACGAGCCACUCCAACAACACCCAAUGGUGAAUGACGACAUGCCAAACCGGAUUAUCUGUGGUGCAAUUUUGCUCAAAGCCGACGUAAAAACCUUCACCGAGACCGGCGUGGAGUUCGUGGAUGGAACCUCGGUGCAAGACAUUGAUGUGGUUGUCUUGGCAACUGGAUAUUCUUUUGGAUUUCCCUUCAUAGAUAAAGAGGUGAUGAUUUGUUGGAAGCUGUUCGUCACUGAUCCAGUUCUAGCCUUCCACGUAGUCUUCGGCCCCUCCACGCCCUACCAGUUCCGGCUGUUCGGUCCCGGCAAAUGGCAAGGGGCGAGAAAGGCCAUCGUGGGACAAUGGGACAGGAUCUACGCACCGCUCAAGACGAGACCAAUGAGCAAAGCCAACUUCAUAGGAAUCUUGGGAAACCCAGUCGCUCUAUUGGGCUUGGUUAUUCUGGUGACAGUUCUGCUCUUGGUGGUUUUUUAGUGGUUAGGUUACGGAACUCGUAACCGUGGGGUUGCGGGUUCAGAGUUCAGAGGUUCGAGGCUCUGGCCCGAUGGUGUGUCCUUGGGAAAGGCGCUUUACACAAAUUUUCCUCACUCCACCCAGGUGUACAUGGGUACCCGGCCAUAGACAGCGAAAGAUCUUGUCAGUAUGUUUGUGCUUUUGAGCCAGUAAACAUGGCAGUGUGCACUGCGUGUAUGCUUCUGCGAGCACCGCAAAACCUCUACUAAAACAAACAAAAAAUCUCAACUUCCUGGGAAGCAUACAUACAAACGCACAAACAUACUUUUGCGCCAGCAAACAUGGCAGUUUUGAUGCUAUCAGGUCUGCUGGGAUUACAAUAUAGAUCGUAAAGCGCAUAGAGCUUGUGUUGGGCGGACAUUUCCUCUAUACGAAUGCUAUUUAUUUUUUAUAAUUUUCUAAUAACCGUGAUAUUUAUUUUAACAAAAAUAAAAGCUUAGCUUGAAUGAAUGUAUUGUAUUAUUAUGUGAGUUUGAUGAACUUCUCGACUUACAGACCCAGUGGUUCUUCAAAUGGAGUUGCUGUUAGUCUUCUGACAUUCCCUGGUGUCUCUUCGUAAUUUUAAAUAUACAUACACACUUGUUUAUGUACGUGUGUGGUGUGUGUUUUAGCACUGUGCUAGCGC